GCGUUUCAAAGCCUUUCAACAAUUUAUCAUUUUAAACUCGCGCUAAUAAUUUUUACGCAAAAUGUUUCGUUGUGAACGCAAAUUUGCUGAACGAUAAGAAUAAAGUUCAAAAUAAAAUGCUCCUCGCUUAAAGAUUUUUUUCGGAUUGUAAAGAUCAAUAGACCGAUUUCGAAUUGAUAGUUGUCUUUCCUUUUUUAUUCUUUAAAAAAUUAUUUAAAAAGUUACUAUAUUCAAAACAAUUUUAUAUAUAAUUCACAUUUGGAAAACCACCUGUGCUCAUUGUCGACUUCAACCAAUUACAUUUCCAUGAAUUACGUAAAGCUCUUUCAUAAAGUAUUUGAGCGGUAUUUUACGGUUUAUUAAGAAGAUAGAACUUUUUUAAAGUCAAGAAAGAUUUGUUCUUGGUGUAAGUAGAAACAACAACAAAAAUUUUCCUUUUAACGUCAAUUAAAAUAAAAAAUGAUGUAUGGGCAAAGUGCGCAAGGCCUGCAAGUUGUACCAUCCUUUGAUUAUUCGACUACAUACAAUGAAGGGUAUUGGGAUGGUUUGCCCGAUGAUCAACGUCAUUAUGAAAGCGAAAAACAAAGUAACUACUUUCAAUACCCCCUCUCUAUUAACAGCAGUGAAAAUAACUUUUUAGGCUUACCAAAUAAUCAACCGUAUUACUGUAACCCCUCGUACAUUCCAAGCUACUCUCCUCUACAAAACCACUAUCUAAACGCUCCUGGUAUUUUUGAACACCAAAUUACCGACAACUUUGAACAUCGACAUAGUAUUAAACAAGAGCCAGUAUUAAGCCGAACCACACAUAAUGUUCUUGAAAGACAAAGAAGGAACGAUCUUAAAAUUCGGUUCAAUAUCUUAAGAGACAAUAUACCUGAACUCGCUUCUAAUGAAAAAGCCCCAAAAAUUCAAAUAUUGAAAAAGGGUUUAGAACAUUUAAACGAGCUCAAAGCUCAGGAGCAAAAGUUGCUUGUUGAUCUAGAGCUUGAGAAACAACGGAGAAAAAUUUUAAUACGUCGGUUAAAUGACCUUAAAAAAGGGUUAUAUUAGAACUUUUCUUGAGAUUUUCAUGUUUUGGAUAUUUUAACAAACUUUUUGAGCUUUCCAUAGAUUUUUUUAUAUUGUAAAAAGACAAAGAAAAUUUUUUAUUUUUUUUUAUUUUGUUAGAUAUUUGUACAAAUAUUUUUUAAACUUUUCACGAUAUUUUUUAAAUAUCGUUAUAAAUAUUUUGUGAAUGGGUUGAUUUGACUCUUCAAACAUUAAAA